AUUCGAGCACAGUUCGGAAUAGUCGUGUCAUUUUUGUUAUUUUAUGAGUAACAUUAUCGGAGAUGCAUAUAAUAUUAUUAUAUCUAUGGAUAGCAGCCGUGAUAGCGGCGAUAUAUCUAUACUGCCGCCAAGCUUACUCAAGGUUCAGCAAAUAUGGAGUCAAAAAUCCGAAACCGUUACCUAUUCUGGGGAACAUGAGUCCCAUCAUAUUCAGAACUAAAAGCUUCGUUGAUGUGGUUAAUGACCUGUAUAACAAAUUCCCUGAAGAAAGGUUUGUGGGCAACUUUGAGUUCGUAAAGCCGGUGUUACUAAUUAGAGAUAUCGAACUGAUCAAGAAGGUUACUGUUAAGGACUUCGAAUACUUCCUUGAUCACCGCUCAUUCGUCAGCGAAGACGUCGACCCUUUCUUUGGAAGAAACUUGUUCUCUCUAAAAGGUCAAGAAUGGAAGGACAUGCGUUCAACAUUAAGCCCAGCGUUCACAAGCUCGAAGAUGAAGCACAUGCUCCCAUUCAUUGUCGAGGUGGGCAACCAGAUGGUCAUCUCGCUGGACCAGCAGUUGAAGGAAUCGAAAAAGGGUUACAUUGAUAUCGAAACUAAGGACCUGGCAACUUACUACGCUAAUGACGUCAUAGCGUCCUGUGCCUUCGGUUUGAAAGUGGACUCCCACCUUGAGCCCAACAACCAGUUCUACAAAAUGGGAUACAAGGCUUCUAACUUUAGCUUUGUGGCGAUUCUAAAGUUCUUUGGAUAUGCCUCCUUUCCUUGGAUUAUGAAGCUACUGAAGAUGAAUCUCUUCUCAGCUGAUGUGACGAACUUCUUCCAACACUUGGUCCUAAGCACGAUGAAGGACCGUGAAGUGCACAACAUUCUCCGACCGGACAUGAUACAUCUGCUUAUGGAAGCCAAGAAAGGUGAGCUUGUCCAUGAAGAAAAUUCUGGUAAUGAUGCUGGUGCAGGAUUUGCCACAGUAGAAGAGUCUAAUGUCGGCAAAAAAACUACUAAUAGAGCUUGGUCAGACAUAGACCUAAUCGCACAAGCAGUACUUUUCUUCAUCGCCGGUUUCGAAACCGUUUCAACAGCCAUGACUUUCCUCCUUUACGAGCUGGCUCUCAAUCCUGACGUGCAAGAAAGGUUGGCAGAGGAAGUAAAAGAGCAUGAAAAGAAAAGUGGCGGGAAGUUUGAUUACAACUCCAUUCAGAACAUGGUUUAUAUGGAUAUGGUGGUUUCAGAAUCUUUGCGAUUAUGGCCUCCAGCUGUUGCGUCAGAUCGUAUUUGCACGAAGGACUACAAUUUGGGCAGACCCAACGACAAAGCUACUCAAGAUUUUAUUUUGAAAAAAGGUGAAGGACUCAACAUACCAGUAGCGGCGAUUCAUCGCGACCCGAAAUACUUCCAAAAUCCUAAUAAGUUCGACCCUGAGCGCUUCUCUGAGGAGAACAAACAUAUGAUCCAGCCUUUCACUUAUUUGCCUUUUGGUCUUGGACCAAGAAAUUGUAUUGGGUCCCGAUUCGCGCUGUGUGAAGUGAAGGUGAUGGUAUACCAGCUCGUCCAGCGCUACGAGCUGAUGCCGUGCGAGAGGACCACCAUACCCUGCGAACUGGCCAAGGACAACUUCAACUUGAGGAUCAAGGGAGGGCAUUGGCUAAGGCUCAAACCGAGAGCUUUCCUCCUUCGAACAUUGUUAGGAGUGGUCGUGCUCGAUAUUGUUUUUUUGUUACAAUUUGGCACGCACAUAAUGUUAGUCUACAUAUGGAUAGCAGCUGCGAUAGCGGCGAUAUACCUGUAUUGUCGCCAAAUUUACUCAAGAUUCAGCAAAUAUGGAGUCAAGAAUAUGAAACCUGUACCCCUGUUUGGGAACAGUAGUCCUAUGAUACUCAAAACUAAAUGUUUCUGUGAAAUCCUUGAUGACCUGUAUAACAAGUUUCCUGAAGAAAGGUUCGUGGGCUUUUUUGAAUUCCUAAGGCCUAUGACAGUGAUUAGAGAUAUCGAGCUCAUCAAGAAGAUUACGGUUAAGGACUUUGAAUACUUCCUCGAUCAUCGUUCGUUUGUUAGUGAAGAAGCCGAUCCUAUCUUUGGAAGGAACUUGAUAUCUCUAAGAGGUCAAGAAUGGAAGGACAUGCGUUCCGCCUUAAGCCCAGCGUUCACGAGCUCAAAGAUGAAGCAGAUGCUCCCAUUCAUGGUCGAGGUGAGCAACCAGAUGGUUGUCUCUUUGGACCGGCAAUUGAAGGAAUCGAAAAAGGGGUACGUGGACAUCGAAACUAAAGAGAUAUCAACCUACUACGCAAACGAUGUCAUAGCAUCUUGUGCAUUUGGCCUAAAAGUGGACUCCCUCUUAGAUCCGUCCAAUGAGUUCUACAAGAUGGGAUAUAAGACUUCUACUUUUGGCUUCGCGGCGAUUCUAAAGGUCUUUGGACAUUCAAACUUUCCGUGGCUCAUGAAGGUAAUGAUGAUGAAUCUCUUCCCGUCUGAUGCGACAAACUUCUUCCGUCACUUGGUCCUAAGCACGAUGAAGGACCGUGAAGUGCACAAUAUUUUUCGACCGGACAUGUUACAUCUGCUUAUGGAAGCCAAGAAAGGUCAGCUUGUUAAUGAAGAUAACUCUGUUAAUGACGCUGAUGCUGGAUUUGCUACAGUAGAAGAAUCUAAUAUUGGAAAGAAGAAUAUUAAGAAAGAAUGGACUGACUUAGACCUAGUCGCACAAGCAGUCCUUUUCUUCAUCGCCGGUUUUGAAACGGUCUCCACAGCCAUGUCUUUCCUACUUUAUGAGUUGGCUCUCAACCCUGAAGUCCAGGAGAAGCUGGCUCAGGAAGUUAAGGAGCACGAUAAGAGGAGUGGCGGCAAGUUAGACUACAAUUCCAUCCAAAACAUGAUUUAUAUGGAUAUGGUCGUCUCAGAAACAUUACGACUUUGGCCUCCUGCUUUUUUAUCAGAUCGAAUUUGCACAAAGGAUUACAAUUUGGGCAGACCCAACGACAAAGCUACUCAAGAUUUUAUUUUGAAAAAAGGUGAUGGCGUCAACGUACCAGUGGCGGCGAUCCAUCGCGACCCAAAAUACUUUCCAAACCCGUUGAAAUUUGACCCUGAGCGCUUCUCUGAAGAGACCAAGCAUACGAUACGGCCCUUCACUUACAUGCCUUUUGGUCUGGGCCCAAGAAACUGCAUUGGGUCCCGUUUCGCGUUGUGCGAAGUGAAGGUGAUGGUAUACCGCCUCGUCCAGCAUUACGUGCUGACGCCGUGCGAGAAAACUACCAUCCCCUGCGAACUGGCAAAGGACAGCUUCAAUUUGAAAAUCAAAGGCGGACAUUGGCUGAGGUUCAAGCCGCGGAUUUAAGCUCAUGUGUGAAUGUG